AUGGCUAUCAGAAGACUCUUUGUUGGUGGUAACUGGAAGUGCAACAACACCUUGGCCUAAACUAAGGACUUGGUUAACAACGUCUUGAACAAAUUACACUUCGACCCUGCUAAGGUUGAUGUCGUCGUUGCUCCCGUUUUCUUACACGUUCCUUGGGUUGCUGAACACAUCCAAAAACCCGUCUAAGUCUCCGUCUAAAACACUUCCCUCACUGGUACUGGUGCCUACACUGGUGAAAUCAGCGUUGCUCACGUUAAGGAUUUAGGUUUAAAUUGGGCUAUUUUGGGUCACUCUGAAAGAAGACAAUACUACGGUGAAACUAACGAAGUUGUUGCCAACAAGGUUAAAUACGCUGUUGAAAACGGCUUAGACGUUAUUGCUUGCGUUGGUGAACACUUAGCUGACAGAGAAGCCAACCAAACCAACCAAGUCGUUGAAGGUUAAUUAGAAGCUAUUAGAGGUAAGUUGAAUGAAGCUCAAUGGGAAAAGAUCGUCAUUGCCUACGAACCCGUCUGGGCUAUCGGUACUGGUAAGGUUGCCACCCCCGCUUAAGCUUAAGAAGUCCACGAAUUCAUCAGAAGCUACUUAACCCAAAAGGUUUCCUAAAACGUUUCUUAAAAGACCAGAAUCCUCUACGGUGGUUCCGUCACUGAAAAGAACGCUGGUGAAUUAAUUCACCAAAAGGACAUCGAUGGUUUCCUCGUUGGUGGUGCUUCCCUCAAGCCCGCUUUCGCUGACAUCGUCGCUGCUUGCAACAUCGUCAAGCAUUGA